GACCGUCGCAGACCUUGUAGUUCUGAUCCGGGAAGCGCUGCCUCAGAGCCUCUGGCCGAAAUGUCUAAUGCAAAAGAAAGAAAACAUGCUAAGAAAAUGAGAAACCAGCCCACCAACGUGACUUUAUCCUCUGGCUUCAUGGCUGAUAGAGGCGCAAAGCACUAUAAUGGAGGUGGGAAACCUUUCCAAGCUCAGAAGCAAGAGCUUCUUCCUGGAACUUCACGACAGCGGCAUACCAAAAUGAUCCACCAUUCCCCAGUUGAUCCUGAUGUGAAUGAACAGUCUUCAUCCAAAAUAAUGUUUAAAAAAAAGGGAGGAUGGAAAGCAGGUCCUGAGGGCACUUCUCAGGAGAUUCCCAAGUAUAUAACUGCUUCUACUUUCGCUCAAGCCCGAGCUGCUGAAAUCAGUGCUAUGUUGAAAGCAGUGACCCAGAAGUCUUCUAAUUCACUGGUUUUCCAGACUCUGCCCCGGCACAUGAGACGGAGAGCCAUGAGCCACAAUGUCAAACGCCUUCCCAGGCGGUUGCAGGAGAUUGCCCAGAAAGAGGCGGAGAAAGCAGUGCACCAGAAAAAAGAACAUUCAAAAAAUAAAUGCCAUAAAGCUCGAAGAUGUCACAAAAACCGGGUGCUAGAAUUUAACCGUAGACAGAAGAAGAACAUCUGGUUAGAGACCCACAUCUGGCACGCCAAACGGUUCCACAUGGUCAAGAAGUGGGGCUACUGUCUUGGGGAGAGACCGACAGUCAAGAGCCACAGAGCCUGCUACCGGGCCAUGACACACCGUUGCCUCCUCCAGGAUUUAUCCUACUACUGUUGUUUGGAGCUGAAGGGCAAAGAGGAAGAAAUACUGAAAGCACUUUCUCCAUUGUGUAACAUUGAUGCAGGACUGACUUUUGCAGCAGUUCACUGCUUGUCUGGAAAACGCCAAGGUAGUGUCACGCUUUACCGGGCAAAUAAAUACCCUAGAGAGAUGCUGGGGCCUGUUACGUUUAUUUGGAGGCCUGAGUCGACCCCUGGUCACACUUCUGAGAGCAGGCAGUUAUGGAUCUGGCUUCACCCAACUCUGAAACAGGAUAUUUUAGAGGAAAUAAAAGCAGCGUGCCAGUGUACGGAACCCAUCAAAUCAGACAUCUGCACCCCUGAGCCCCUGUUGACACCAUCCCAAGAAAAAAGCCAAAUGGAACUGCCUGAUGAGAAAAUUGGCAAGAAAAGAAAACGGAAAGAUGAUGGAGAAAAUGCUAAACCAGUUAAAAAAGUGAUCGGUGACGGAACUAGAGAUCCAUGUGAGCCGUAUUCUUGGAUCUCUGCAGCCACAGGCAUUAUCCUCAGUGAUUUGACGAUGGAGAUGAACAGGCUGCGGCUGAUCGGUCCACUUUCCCACUCCAUCCUAACCGAGGCCCUCAAAGCUGCUCCUGUCCAUACCGAGGGAGAGGACGCAGAGAAGACACCUCACCAUUGGUGGAUUGAAACCUGUAAGAAUCCUGAUAGCGUUUCCCUUCAUCACAGACAAGAAGCCAUUUUUGAGUUGUUGGGAGGAAUAACAUCACCAGCAGAAAUUCCAGCCGGUACUAUUUUGGGACUGACAGUUGGGGAUCCUCGAAUAAACUUGCCUCAAAAGAGGUCCAGAGUUUUGCCCAAUCCAGAAAAAUGGCAAGAUAAUGAGAAAGUUAGACAGCUGCUCCUGGAGGGUGUGCCUGUGGACUGUGCGCAUAGCUUUAUUUGGAACCAAGCUCUCUGUAAGAAUGUCACAGAGAAUAAAAUCUCGGAUCAGGAUUUAAACCGGAAGAGAAGUGAAUUGCUGGUGCCUGGGUCACAGCUUGUUUUAGGUCCCCACGAAUCCAAGAUACCUAUACUUUUGAUUCAACAGCCGGGACGGGUGGCCGGUGACGACCGCCGAGGCUGGGGAAGUGGCUGGGACGUCCUGCUCCCAAAGGGCUGGGGCAUGGCUUUCUGGAUCCCGUUUAUCUAUCGAGGCGCCAGAGUUGGUGGGUUAAAAGAGGCUAUGGUGCAUUCUCAGUAUAAAAGAUCGCCUGACAUCCCUGGUGAUUUCCCAGACUGCCCUGCUGGGGUUCUUUUUGCUGAAGAGCAAGCCAAGAAUCUCCUUGAAAAGUACAAAAGGCGCCCUCCUGCAAAACGGCCCAACUAUGUUAAGCUUGGCACCCUGGCACCUUUCUGCUAUCCGUGGGAGCAGUUAACGCAAGAGUGGGAAUCAAGAGUCCAGGCCCAAGAGGAAUCAUCUGUGGCUUCCUCUCCACGUGGUGAGGAGAGGGACUUGAGAAGAGAGAAGGUGUCUUGUGCCCCCACACCUCAGAAAACUGAUCAGCCACCUGAGGAAGUGGGCACAUCUCUAAGCAGCCCCAGUGAGCCCAGAGAAGUAAUGGACACAGCGUGUCCAGCUCAGAUGGGGACUGAGUGGGUAACGGGCCCAGAAGCCACCAGCAGUCUCCUCUGUGUUCUUAGGAGUAGAAGAUCCCUGAAGCAGCUGUCAGCCUGGUGUGGGCCCGGGUCUGGACCCCGCGGGGCAGCCCUGCGAGCCCCUGGAAGCAGGCAGCAGGCGUUGAGCAGCGAGGCCUGCCUGGCCCUGUCGGACUGCUUCCCCCGGGCCCUGGUAUGGGUCAGCCUGUCCCUGCUGGGCAAGGGCAGCCCCGAGCCUCACACCAUGAUCUGUGUCCCGGCCAGGGAGGACCUCCUCCAGCUCAGGCAGGAUCGGCUCUACUGUGGGCCCCAGGAAUCCAAGCACAGCGACCCAUUCAAGAGCAAGAUCCGGAAACAGAAAGAGAAGAAGAAAAUCGAGAGGAGGCAGAACCGAGGGGGCGCCGUGUCUGAGGGUCUGGUGGGGGGGCACCCUGCGGCCGGGCCCCACGCUCUGACCCUGGGCUUGUGGUCAGGCCCUCUCCCGGUUGUGACUUCUCAUUGCUCCAGAGUCCUCCUCGGUUUUGUCACGCAGGGAGAUUUCUCCAUGGCCGUGGGCUGCGGAGAAGCUCUGGGCUUUGUUAGCCUGACGGGUCUGCUGGAGACGCUGUCCGGGCAGCCAGCUGCGGAGAGGGGCCUGGUGCUCCUGAGGGCCCCCGCCUCCUUGCAGUAUCGGUUUGCCAGGAUCGCCGUGGAGGUGUGAAUGCUGGCUUACGUCCUUGCAGGGCGUAGAUCAUAACCGUGUUUGCCAAGUCCCACCACUGGAGGGACUUUGUUUUCGCCACCUUCUGUUUUGAAGUACCACGUGAAAUGCCUCGGAGACAAUAAAAGAAUUCUGUAUCAUGCAUGUGAUGCGGUACUGACAUCAUUCCACUAUUCCAAGAUCAUCUCCAUCUUUCCCUGCCCUUGCUGCAACACCUUAAAAUUAUUUGGCAUAUAGAGCCAGCAGCUUUUACGUUUUGACUUCUUGGUCCGCGUCAUUCUUGCUGAAAAUAAUCAGAGGCUCUUAGUUUCCUUGUUCCUUUUUUAUUAGGAACAAAGGACGGUGAAGUCUGUUUGAAAAGCCUUGUAGACGCGUGAUAAGCAACAGUGGUUGUUUAAUGACUUGAUUGCUGCAGCAAAGGCUCUCAACAUCCGGCCUCUGUGCAUGAAACAGGGUUCCCCUGUCUGGACCGUGUUCAAUUCCAUACCGGAACCUGCGUGCCUAACGCUUUACAUCAGCAGAUGGAAAUUGUGGAAAAUGUAUUAUUGCCCUUUUUCGUGCAGGCUCGGUCUAUGGCAGAGGUGUUGGGGUGGCAUCUGAAUGGGGCUCUGGUCGUUAGGACCCUUUGUCCUCUUUGCUGUUGACCAACGCAUGACUCUGGGAGUUUCUUGAUUUUUCUGUGCUUUUUGUCUUUGCAAAGAAUCUCUCACAAAAACAAUAGAGGAUGAUUUCUCAAAAUAUGUUCUAUGAGGUGGUCAGGGAUGAUGCAGUGCAGGGAAGUCACCAGAAAAACCCAAGAGGACUGGGUUCAGGGAGCUUCCAGGUUGGUGAACGCAUGGAUAAUGGGGACAGAGUCGCCCCCUGGAGACGGCAGGGGCCCCUUGCCCUUUCCCACACCUUGCCCUGUGCAUCCCUCUGUCUGGCUGUUCUGAGUUAUAUCCUCUUAUAGUAAACUGGUGAUCUAGUAAGUAAAAAAAAAAAUCUGUGAAAUAUGUUAUCAAAAAAAAAAAGAUCCCAAGGUCAGAUUGAUUGGGGAAACUCUGGAUUAAACCCAGUUAUGCAUUUCUUUUUAAAGGAUUUCUAGAAUCUUCCCUGUGAUAAUGCACAUUGCGCCUCUCCAGGAAGUCGAUAACAGCCUACACUAUCUUCUAAAUCUUUUUGAUGCCAAACUUCCUUUUGCAAGGAGCACUUUGUAGGACCAGUGUUUUUAGGGACACACUUUGGGGAGAGUGGCUGUACAGUGCAGUUCUCUGCAAGGGGAUGACUUUUUUUAAUGUUUAUUUUUGUGAGAGACAGAGUGUGAGUGGGAGAGGAG